AUGGCUGAGAAGGACAUCAUUUGCAUUGUCUCUUCGGGGUACAAAGCGGUAUUUUUGAAGAUUAACUCCUCAACCACCAUCCUGGAUCUCAAAUUUGAUGUGGCAGAGAGGUUAGGUAUUCCAUAUGAGUCAUUAAUUCUGUCAUACGAAGAUGAAACAGCUGGAAGCUUGAAAUUUCCUAUUGAGAACGAGGGGGACAUGAUGUCUAUGGUGGAGCAUUGCCACAAUCUUGGACUGAAAGAGGUUCACAUGAAAGCUGAUGAUUUGCAGAAUAUACACUGCAAUGAGCGAGUCCAACCUUGCAAAGAGCAAGUCCCACAAGACAUCGCUUCCAGAAGUCUAAACUCGAAAAGUAUAGACUGUGGCCCACCGGAGUUGUCGUCCACAACUGUUGCAGAUAAGACUCCCAAUGACAUUCCUUCAAGAGAUAAUGUUAUGAUGAUUGAUGACAUGAUUAGCAGAUCUGAGAGGAUUCUUGCUUGGUGGCACACUGCGUUAACUGGGGAGGGGCAACGUUUUGAAAGUGCGAAGGAGUUAAGAUUGGCCUUGCUAUACUACUCCAUGGCCAAAAAAUUCGAAUAUGAGUUUGUGAAGAAUGAACCAAAGCGUAUUCGAGUUUUUUGCCGGUUUAAGGUAGCCAAAAAUUGCCCAUGGAUGUUAUUUGCCUCUCCGCCGAAAAAUGAUAAUAGACUUGAAAUAAAAAGGUUCGUGGACAUUCACAACUGUGGACAACAUGCCAAUAAUGCAGGUCAAUCUAGAGCCUCUCGUCAUUUCAUUGCUACCCAAUUACAACCCACGUUGAAGGUACGUCCGGAUAUACGACCUAUUGACGUUCAGAAGGAGUUUCUAAGUUCAUAUGGGAUUAGGGUUGAAUAUAGUAAGAUUUGGUGGGGUAAAGAAAGAGCUCAAGGGCGAUUAUAUGGUGAUACUUAUGAGUCCUACGAUCAAUUGAGAUGGUAUGUAGACGAGGUUAAGAAGACAAAUCCGGGAAGCUACAUUCAUGUUGAACAAGACGAGGGUAGGUUUACAAGGAUAUUCAUCUGCUAUGCGGCCUGCAUAAAUGGUUUUUUACAAGGUUGCAGACCACUUAUAUUUUUGGAUGGAACCUUUCUGAAAGAUCGAUUCAAAGGUAUACUAUUAAGCGCCGUGGCAUAUGAUGGCAAUCAGGGGAUAUUUCCAUUGGCCUAUUGUAUCUGCGAUCAAGAAAAUAAUGUUAACUGGAAGUGGUUCCUACAAGGUCUGUGGUCCAUUCUCUAUGAAAGGGCAGAUCCAUACAACCAUCCACAUAAGCUAGUGAUAAUUUCAGAUGCGGAUAAAGGGAUCAGAGAAGCAGUUAGAGAAUUUUUUUCCCGGUUCUAUACACUCUCGCUGUGUGCUGCAUCUGGUCGAGAACUUCAGAACAAAGUUGAAGGAUUUGGGAUUCAAGUCAAAGGAUUCUCAGAUCUUGGGUAA